ACGUACCCUACCAACUUUGCACCCUCCCUCCAUCCCGCCUGUCUCUGCCCCCGCCGCGGCGCGGCUGGUGCUGACAAUUGGAGCGCGGCCCCUUUAAGAGCCCGGCUUUGCCUCCCGGUAGCUGAAGGUCAUUAAACACAAAAGCUCUCAGCGCUGCGGUCCAAUAUAGCGCAUGCGCCCUGCCCGAGGACUGGCAGAGAGACGGCAAUAUGGCGAGAAUGCCUGGCAGCGGGGACUGUAACACCAGCCCCAGCAGCAGCGCCAGCGCCAGCGCCGCCGCCGCCGCCGAGAACAAUGGGGAGCGGGGCGAGGGCGAGCGCGGCGGCGGCGGCGGCGGGGGCAGCAGCCGGCCGAGCCACCCGCACUACUGCAGCGCGGGCGAGGAGGAGGAGGACGACGACGACGACGAGAUCCAGGAGGUGCAGAUAACGGGGGACGAGGAGGAGGAGGAGGAGGAGGAGGAGGACGGAGGUGGGGGGCUGGAGGAGGAGGAAGAGGAGGAGGAGGAGGAGAUGGGUCUGGACUGGGACGAGCCCCUGGAGCCCGAAUACUCCGCCGGGGAGGAGCUGGAGCCCGAGCCGGUCCAUAUGAUCCAUAUGGACCAGAGCACGGAGCUGGACCCGGAGUCGGAGCCGCUGCUGCUGCCGCCCCGCAGCGGGCCGGCCGAGGACCCCGAACUGGAUCCGGACCUACUGCAGCGCCCCGAGCGGGCCCGGCUGAGCGAGAACACCCGCCUGGCCACCCGCUAUGCCGUGCGCAUCUUCCGGGAGUACCUGAGCGAGAAGUCGCAGAGCCCGGACUUCGAGACCAUGGACAAGGGGGCGCUGUGCCGGGUGCUGCGCUCCUUCUACGCCGAGGCCCGCUCCAAGAGCGGGCAGCUCUACAGUAAGUCGUCGCUCAUCAGCAUCCGCAGCUCUCUGAACCGCUACCUCAACGAGCCCCCCUACUGCCGCACCCUGGACCUCACCAAGGACCCCGAGCUGCGCAGCGCCAACCUGACCCUGGCCGCGGUGAUCCGCAAGCUGGAGGAGCAGGGCGCGGGGCCGGUGGUCCAGAAGCAAGCCAUCACGCGCGCCGACCUGCGCAAGCUGUACACCUCCAGCGUCUUCAGCACCAACACCCCCUUCGGGCUGCUCAACAAGGUCUGGUUCGAGUGCAUGUACUUCUGCACCCGGGGCCGGGAGAACCAGCGGGAGCUGGAGGAGGACUCUUUCGGGCUGGCCAUGGACGAGGAUGGCCGCAAGUUCGUCUACUUCAAGUCCCUAGGGCCCUAUCACAAGUCCCGCUCGUCGUCCUGGAGCAAGAAGCGGGCGGAGAGCAGCGACGAGGAGAAUCUGCCCCGCAUGUACGAGACGGGCACGGAGUUCUGUCCCUACGCCAGUUUCGUCAAGUACCUGUCCAAGCGCAACCCACUUUGCAAGGCUUUCUUCCAGAGGCCCCGGGACCACUGCAACGAGGGCGAUGUGACCUGGUAUGAGAACAAAGCCAUCGGCAAGAACUUACUUGGCACCAGGAUGCAGAUGCUCUCCAAGGCAGCCAAGCUGUCCAAAACGUACACCAACCACUGCAUCGGCGCCGUUUCCAUCGCCACCCUCAACAGCAUCGCAGGCAUAGGCACUAAGCUGGGACCCCCCGCCCCGCAGGGCUGCUACGCCGAGACUCUGAACGGGGGAGCGCGCCACCAUCACCACCACCACCAUCACCACCCCCACACCCCGCACCAUCACCACCGCCCCCAGCCGCCUUCGCUGGGGAACACUUACAUCCUUCCCAAAGAGAGCCAGGUGGUGGCCGACGUGAAAGCGGAGGCUGCACCCAAGCGGGCCCUGUACGAAGCCGUGUUCGGGCCGGGUGAAGUCUGUGGUCCCUCUUCCCCCAAAAGACUGUGCAUCCGCCCCUCGGAGCCGGUAGAUGCGGCGGCGGUGGUGGUGGUUUCGGUGAAACACGACCCCCUGCCUCUUCUUCCCGAAGUCAAUGGGCACCGAAGUACCAAUUCUCCCACAGUAGUUUCACCUGCUAUUGUUUCCCCCACCCAGGACAGUCGGCCCAAUAUGUCAAGACCUCUGAUCACUAGAUCCCCUGCAUCUCCAUUGAACAAUCAAGGCAUUCCUACUCCAGCACAGCUCACAAAAUCCAAUGCACCCGUCCACAUUGAUGUGGGUGGUCACAUGUAUACCAGCAGCUUGGCCACACUCACCAAAUACCCUGAAUCAAGAAUUGGAAGACUUUUUGAUGGCACGGAGCCAAUUGUUCUGGACAGCCUCAAACAGCAUUAUUUCAUUGACAGAGAUGGACAGAUGUUCAGAUAUAUACUAAAUUUUCUACGAACAUCAAAACUACUCAUUCCGGAUGAUUUUAAGGACUACACUUUGUUAUAUGAAGAGGCAAAGUACUUUCAGCUUCAACCCAUGUUAAUGGAGAUGGAAAGAUGGAAACAGGAUCGGGAAAACGGUCGCUUUUCCAGACCCUGUGAAUGCUUAGUGGUACGAGUUGCCCCAGACCUCGGAGAGAGGAUUACACUCAGUGGUGAUAAAUCUUUGAUAGAAGAGGUGUUCCCAGAAAUUGGAGAUGUGAUGUGUAAUUCGGUCAACGCAGGUUGGAAUCACGACUCAACACAUGUCAUCAGAUUUCCACUGAAUGGAUACUGUCACCUCAACUCAGUUCAGGUACUUGAGAGGUUGCAGCAAAGAGGCUUUGAAAUUGUGGGCUCCUGUGGAGGAGGGGUAGACUCUUCCCAGUUCAGUGAAUACGUACUCAGACGAGAACUCAGACGGACAUCUCGCGCACCCUCCGUCAUUCGAAUAAAGCAGGAGCCUCUGGACUGAACGGACAUGUUUCUUAUGCAAAAAAAAAAAAAAGAAAGAACAGAAAAGGAAAAAAGGGACAUUCAUGUGCAGUUGGGACACCAAACCAAGUCCUGGAAUGAAAGUCGAAUAAAGACACAUUUAUAUCAAAUAGAGACCAUACCUGUAUUCACAUGGGAACAAUUGGAAUAGUAAUAAUAACCUCAAGGUGUAAAAAAUAUAUAAAUAUAUAUAUAUAUGUCAAAAGGUAGGAAAUGCAAAAAAUAAUAAUAAUGAUGAUGAUGAUGAUGUGGUAGCUGAAGUUGGUGCUGUGAUGGCCAUUAAGUGUCCUAGGCCUUCCUGAGGCCUGAUUAUCAAUAAACAAGCCAUGACCGGUGAGGACACAAUCUCCUUACGUUUUCCAUUGCCAAACAGCCAUCCAUUCAUUCUCUCUCUCUCUCUCUCUCUCUCUCUCUCUCCUCUCUCUCUCUCUCUCUCUCUCUCUCUCUCUCUCUUUCUUUCUCCCCUCACUUUUUCUUUUCUUUUUUUACACCUUGAAUUGAGUUCCUUUGCAGAUGGAGGCUUGGAGGCCCCUCUUGAGGAGGGGACAGUUCAGGACUUCAGAACCCCAUUCACAAGCACAUUGCAUCUAAAAGUUGUUCGACUGAAAAUUUAAAACAUAGCUUGUACAAAGUCUCACCUUUUUGUCUGCCUCGCCAAUGUGAACAUCACGUUGUUUUUAACUGACAGUUUUGCAAAGGGGCCAGAAUUAUUACUUGUUAGAGUUUGCUCUGGUUUGAAUCUGCGGCUUUCCUACAAUUUUUCAAAUUUUAUAAUGUAUUAAAUACAAUAAACUCUGUUUAAAAUAA